GGGACCCAACCGCAAAAGUCCCACCACCAUCCUCCUCGCCCGCCGUGCUCCUCGCCCGCCCAGGCUCCACGACCCCCCGCGCCUCCAAAUCCAAACCCAAAUCCCACCAAAUCAGCUCCGAAUCCUUCCCAAAUUUCCCCAAACCGCGGCCAAACCCCACCGCACCCACCCCCCGAAUUCGCCUCGAAUCAGACCGACGCAGCCCAUCUGGGCUUACGCCUCCUCCUCCCAUGGCGUUUCACGUCGCGUGCCCCAUCACUUGCAGGAGGGUGUGCGACUGCGAGCUAGGGUUCGGCGCGGCGUCGGCGAGGAAGCGGGGGGUUGCCCCCGCGGCAGCAUGGGCGGACGCGGCGGCGACGCUCGAGGGGUUCCUCGCGGAUCCGUGGUUGCUGCGCCCGGUCGGGGCCGCGGCGGAGGGGGAGGCAUAUGGAUCGGCGGCAGCGGCGACGGUGCAGGUGGAGGUGCCGCCUUUAGAGCCGCCGCCGGAUGAGGGGGAGGACGAGGCGUGCCGGGCGGCGGCGCAGCGCGGCGCGGCCGCGGCCGAGGACCUCGCCAGGCGGUUGGAGGGCGGCGCCUUCGGAUCGCCGGAGGCAGAAGGAGAUGAAGAAGAUUGGGACUGCAGAUAUCAAGGCAAUGCUUCUGUCAAGGUUAUGUGCCGUUUAUGCUUUUCAGGAGAAAAUGAGGGCAGCACAAAAGCUGCGAAAAUGCUUCCAUGUAAACUCUGCAACAAAAGAUACCAUAGGAAUUGCUUGAAAAGCUGGGGGGAACAUAGAGAUCUUUUUCACUGGAGCUCAUGGGUCUGCCCCUCUUGCCGCAGCUGUGAGGUGUGCCGACGGCCUGGUGAUCCCAAUAAGUUGAUGUUUUGUAGAAGGUGUGAUUGUGCUUAUCACUGCUACUGUCAGCAACCAUCACACAAGAAUGUUACCAAUGGACCAUAUUUAUGUCCAAAACAUACGAGGUGUCACAGCUGUGGAUCUGGUGUGCCUGGGAGUGGCCAUAGCACAAGGUGGUUUUUGGGGUACACGUGUUGUGAUGCUUGUGGACGAUUGUUUGUGAAAGGAAACUACUGUCCGGUUUGCCUAAAGGUUUAUAGAGACUCUGAAGUAAUACCUAUGGUUUGUUGUGAUGUUUGUGAAAAGUGGGUGCAUAUUGAGUGUGAUGGCAUCAGCGAGGAAAAGUACCAACAGUUCCAAGCUGACCAAAACCUCCAGUAUACAUGUGCAGCAUGUCGUGGGGAAUGCUCCCAGAUUAGGGACACUGAAGAUGCAAUUCGGGAACUCUGGAAGAGGAGGGACAUUGUUGACCAAGAUCUUAUGGUUAGUUUACGGGCUGCUGCUGCACUGCCUUCUCUGGAAGAUGUCUCACCAUCUCAUCCAAACUCGGAUGAUGAAAGGCUUGGUGCAUAUGUAUUGAAAAAUGAUGGAAGAAAUACUCUAAAAUUUUCAUUGAAAAGCAGCAGUAGUAAGCCUCCAUCAGAUUCACCUGAGCCAGAGAAGGUUGUUCUCAAGAGCCCUGGGUCGAAUAAGAAACAUUCCAAAAAGAAAGGCUGUCAGGGUAAUAAAACAGUUGAUGGCCAAGAUGAAAUAUUUUUGGAGAGAAGGAAAUCAAAUAGCCAUUUGGGAGAUAAAAAAACAGAUGCUAAUCAUGCUAUGAUUUCUUUUAAGAAUGAUGGCAAUGCGUAUAUUUCAUCUUCAACUCGAAGUUCAGAGAAGAACUCUAAAUCAUCAUUCACUAAAGCUGUUGUAGACAAUACUGAUAUGGUACCCAAAGUCAAGAUUAAAGGAAGUAAGGUUCCAAGUUUGCAUUUCAAGGAUGCAGGCGAGGAAACUACUCCCAAGAGUGACACAGGGAAAGGUACCAAGUUGGUUAUCCAUCUUAGUUCGCGACACAAAAGUAGGAGUGGCUCUCCCAAGUCUGAACUGUCCAAUUCUCAAAGAGAGCAAGAGCUGGGUUCAACGCAUGGAGGGAAAGUUGAUGUGACAAGCCAGCUGAAAAGCUCAAAGAGUGAGAUAAAAGAAAAAAGUGUAAUGAAGCUAGUUAGAGAGACUGGGGUGCAGCAAAGAAAUAGCCUUUUGGCAGAUCUUGGUACCUCAAAAAGGCAUGCAACUGGAAAAAGGAGCAAUGCUAUGAUUUCUGGAAUGGAAAAUGCAAAUGAAAGCGGUAUGAGAAACAGAUCAUUUGGACAUAAACAAUCUCUUGCUAGUCAGCUGAACGAGAACCAGGGAGCUGCUGCUUCAUUUCCAUCCGGCUCUCCUGAUAACUUGAAGCCAUCAUUGCUCAAACUUAAAUUUAAGCGUCCCCAUUUCGAGCAGCCAAACACCAAGGCCUCUCAACCAGAGGGGCUAACCACUUGGGCUUCUCAGCAAGAGGAGCCGUUAAAUGUUUCUAAAGGCCAGAGAUCAAAGAGGAAGAGACCUUCGAUGGAUAAGGUGGAUGGUUCGGACGGCAAGUCCACCAAGAGGCAUCAACAGAGCGCAGAUGAUGAAGCAAUGGAUGCAAACUGGAUACUGUGCAAGUUGGGAAAGGAUGCGAUCGGAAAGAGGAUUGAGGUCCAUCUAGCUUCUGAUGGCAAAUGGCAUCAAGGGGUGGUGUCGAAUGUCAUCAAUGGCAUGCUUUGUGUUCAAUUAGAUAAUGGCAGAUCUGAGAAUGUGGAGCUGGGAAAGCAUGCCAUUCGCUUGAUAGCUCAAAGAUCAAAGGGCGGAAAGCGAUGAAACCUUUUCCAUAUGAAGCAUAGACCUGUUCUCAACUCGUUGGCAUGAAUGUGGCAGGCAGAGUCCUCCAGGUUGGCAUGUGAAGUGCAGCAGUGCGACCACUGCUGUCCAUGGGGGGCUCUCUGCCCCGCCGCCUUUGCUGACUGGACGAGGCAUGGAGCGCAACGUCACUGGUUUUUUCAUGUUCGUUGUGUUUGAAGCCCAUUGGCUUCCAUUAGAUUCUGUUAGCGUAGAGAGACCGAUAAGGUUUUAGGGUACCAUGGAUGUAAAAGAAGCGGGUAGCAUGUCAGGAUUGUCGAGUGUACACGUAGCUGUCAAAUGAGUUUCAGAAUAAUUCGUUCGUGAUAAUGUGUGGUGUUAUUGCUUGACCAGUUUGUCCGAGAUUUUGUUAUCAUGUUACAUAGUGAGUUGUUGCUAA